AUGGGCCGACGACGAUCACGACGCAAGCCGCCACCAAAGACGAAGUUGGUCGAGCCACUGCCCCAAAACUUCCCCUGUCCCUUUUGCAAUCACGAGAAGUCCUGCGAAGUGAAAAUGGAUCGAGCGCGCUCAGUCGGCGCAAUCAAGUGCAACGUCUGCAUGGAGGAGUUUCAAACGACGAUCAACUACUUGUCCGAGGCGGUCGAUGUCUACUCCGACUGGGUUGACGCCUGCGAGAAAGAAAACGCCUGUUUCGGCUGA